UUCAGGCGGAUUAUUGCGAUUGUCUGAACAAACGGAGAAGAAGUGCAGCUGGUUUGGGGUCUGGGAUCCAUGGACCUCUGAUCUUACCCAGAGGUUGGUAAUCUAACAGCUUGUUCUGCUCCUCUGUGUUCUUGUCCACCAGUUUCUUCUACCCAUUCCUUCUAGACCGAACUGAUCUUCUGCUGAUCGAGGCAUUCCGGCUUCUGGGCCGAGGACAUCCAGUGGGAUGUCUCCAUACAGUGAAAUGUGUCCAGAGUUCUACAUCAUGCUGGGAGUUCUGUCCUUCGUGGUCCUGCUGUUCUCUGUGCUGGGCGCCGUGUUUCUCACAAAGUACCGCGCCGUGGUUCGGACCAACCGGAGGCUGAGGGGGAGCCAGUUCCUGCAGCCCCCUAUUCCUCAGUUAGAGAUCCCAGCUGUGACGCCCCCACUCCCAUUACUGGAGGAGGUGGAGCCACCUCCUAUACAAACUCCUUUGAACAGAUCCAGUGGGUUCAGGUUAUCCUCCAAGAGGCUGUGGAGAGGCCUGCAGCAGGAGCCUCGUUUUUCCAAGUCGGACCUGAACCUGCUUCAGCUGAUCAAAGCAGGGAAGGAGGGGGUCUUCUACCAGGCCAGGAUGAACAGAGGAACGUGUAAAGGCCACAGCAUGUUCACCUGCAAGAUCAGCAAGGAAGGUACAUCACAAACAUAUGGCUGCAUUUUAACUGGAGACUUCAGAGUUCCUCUCCUUCUGGGCCCCCCCUCUGGGGUCGGGGUCCUGCUAUUUUUGGGCGUCUCUCUGCUCAAACUCACCUUAGCCAACCAGAUCAGUCAGGAUCUGCUUAAUGUGUUCCAUCUAAAGUUUAGCUUCUGCUGA